AUGUUUCGUAAUCAGUACAUUUCCUAUAAACACUGUCAAAACUAUAUAAGACACCUACACAAAACAUUUAAUACACCUUUUGACUCUGAUCAACUUAGAACUGAAGCUAAUUAUGAAAAUAUAAAUAAUCAUGAGAUACCAAAUAAAGAUUCGUUCGAUGAAGUGGAUACUAAUUAUGAAAAUAUAAAUAAUUACACAACACCAAACGAAGAUUCGUUUGAUGAAAGAGUGACUAAUUAUGAAAAUACGAAUGAUGAUAAGACACCAAAUGAAGAUUCGUUCGAUAAAGGGGAGACUAAUUGUGAAAAAACAAAUGAUUUGUUUGAUGAGGUAAUGAAUGAUGUAGAUGAAGAUUUUUUUAACGAUGAAAUAUUAGAUGAUGAUAACGAAAUGCCAAUAAAUUAUAACAAUAAAGAGCCAAGUGAAAAAGGUCCUGACAAAGUUGUUGAUGAAGCUUUAAAUAUUGAGCAAAUGCCAUCUAUUAAUGGUGAAUUUGCUCCAUAUUUCAAAAAUAUUACUGAAGCGUUGAUGUUUUUUUGGAUUCAAAAACACAACAUAUCUACCUGCACUUAUGAAGAAUUAGUGGACAUAAUUCGCCAUCCACAGUUUAAGAAUGAAGAUAUUGUAGCAAAUAUUCACCAGUUUAGAAAGUAUUGGCAAAGAUUACCUUUGCUUUCUAUCAAAACAUGA